GCUCGCCGCUGACCAAUGAGAGCGCGCGGCGGGCUCGGCGGGCUCGGCGGUUUGGCGGGAGCUGUCGCGGCGCGCGCCGGCCGCGUCCCCGUCGCCAUGCUGUGCCGCGCGCUGCUCCGCCGCGCCGCCGCGCCCGCCCGUCGGUGCUCAGCGCUUCCCCUGCAGCAUGUCUUGGAGAGCUUCCAGUGCAGCCAAGAAGAUGACCACCUGUCCUACGGGGAGACGGGAAAGCCGGUCCCUCCUUUCGGCUGCACCUUUUCUACAGCCCCAAAUUUGGAGCACGUCCUGGCAGUUGCAAAUGAAGAAGGGUUUGUCAGACUGUAUGAUACUGAAGCACAGACCACCAGCAAGCUCAUCAUUAAGGGUGAAUGUUGUAUAAAAGAAUGGCAGGCUCACUCAAAUGCUGUAUUUGACCUUGCCUGGGUGCCAGGGGAACACAGGAUUGUCACUGCUUCAGGAGAUCAGACAGCCAAGGUGUGGGAUGUGAGAUCUGGCGAGCUUCUUGGCAUAUGCAAAGGUCACCAGUGCAGCCUCAAGUCAGUUGCCUUUUCUAGAUUUGAGAAAGCUGUUUUCUGUACUGGAGGAAGAGAUGGAAACAUCAUGGUUUGGGAUACCAGGUGCAACAAGAAAGAUGGCUUUUACAGGCAGGUGAAUCAAAUCAAUGGAGCACACAACGUGGCUGACAGGCAGACUCCUUCCAAACUAAAGAAGAGGCAGAACCUGAGAGGACUUGCUCCGUUGGUGGAUUUCCAGCAGAGUGUAACUGUGGUGCUGCUUCAGGACGAGCAUACUCUUAUCUCUGCAGGAGCUGUUGAUGGUGUGAUCAAAGUGUGGGACUUGCGCAGGAACUACACUGCUUUCCGUCAGGACCCGCUGCCCGUCAGGUCCUUCUGCUACCCUGGAACCAGCACUCGCAAGCUUGGAUAUUCUAGCCUGGUUUUGGAUUCCACUGGUACUAAUCUGUUUGCUAACUGCACUGAUGACAAUAUCUACAUGUUCAAUAUGACAAGUUUAAGGACCACUCCAGUGGCAGUUUUCAGUGGACACCAGAAUUCAACCUUUUACGUCAAAUCCAGCACCAGCCCAGAUGACCAGUUCCUGGUCAGUGGCUCGAGUGACUGCAACACGUACAUCUGGAAGGUUUCUGAGCCCAGCCUUCCUCCAUGGAUGCUCCUUGGUCACUCUCAGGAAGUUACCUCCAUUGCUUGGUGUCCUUCAGACUUCACUAAGAUUGCCACAUGCUCUGAUGACAACACUGUGAGGAUUUGGCGUUUACAACGUUGUCCUAAGGAAGAGAAAUCAGUAUCAAGGAAAGCCAACUUGGUGGGCUGGGUGGUUCAGAAGAAACCAGAAGAGCAACAUGGAGCAGGGCCACCAGCCAGCCCACAAAGCACUCCUGCCAAGGCCCUGGCAGCGGGCAGUGUGUGCAUUUCCCCACCACAGCCUGCUGCCUGUUCUCCCACUCACUCUGGAGACCGUCCACUGCUCACCAACACGCCGACUGCCGCUCUCAAAACGCCGACCAGCAGAGCCUCCACCCCAGCCAAGCCACCUGGAACCAGCCCCUCUGCAUCCCCCAAGCUGAUCCCUUCCUCCAAAAUGUCCAUCAAACACUGGGUUACAAAGACUCCGUGCUCUUCUCCUCCAGAAGUGGAGAAAAAGGCUCCUUCUCCUAGAAAAGCCCUGGCAGAAGUCACUCAAGUCACCCAGGGUCUCCUGGAAGCUGCUUGCCCUCCUCAAGUCCCACAAUCUGAAAAGUGUGCCAAGAGAAGGCUUGACUGCAGCAAGGAGGCUGAUGCAGGGCAGAAGUGUCUGCAGGACUGUAGCUGCGUGACUGAGCUGGACCAUGCAGCUAAGAAAUCCAAGCUGAAUUUAUGUCACUUGGUUCCAGACCAAAAAGUUUCUGAUGAAGACGCUCUCAGCCUGGCUGACUUGUGUAAUGACCAUGAAGGCUCCAGCCACAGCCCAAAAGAGCCGUCCCUUUCUGGAACCCCUACUAAUCCAUCAGACACUCAAACUUCCCCUGAUCUUUUCAGAUCUCCACGUGGGAAAGACCCUGAAGUAGUAGAUAAAGAGAACAGUUCUCCUGAAAGAAAAAAUUGGUUGUCCGCUCUGGGAGAGAAGUUACAGACUGGCACAGCUGGCAGCCAGAGCACAUCAGACAGACCCCUGUCAUCCUGCAGUCCUGGUACCAAAAGAAAGGACUCUGUGGCAGUGGCCACUUCACCGAAAACUGCUGCAGCUACUUCAGUUUCCAUGAGGAAGAUCUGCACAUACUUCACCAGAAAGCCACAGAAUGACUGAAACAGCGUGUGGCGCUUACACCUGAGGAACGUUGACACCAGGGUAUCAAGACCAGACUUAACAAUGCCAACAACAAUGCACCAGGAUUGCACAAUUUGUUGUCAGACCUUCAGAGUCGAGGUUUUAGUCUUCCCAUUGUUAAAGCUGUUUCAGUUGAAGUGAAUUGAGUGUGUAAAAUCUACACAAUACUUACUCAUGGUCUCGUUCUGAGAGGAUCGUGGUUCUCGUUAGGGUUGUGGUUUUUCAUAAACAAAGUAUUUUCUACAUGGCAACUGUUCUGGUCCAAGGACAGACUCAGCUCUGCUAUGUAUUGUUGACAGGCACGUAUAGGUUGUCAGUUUAUGUUACUAAAUCUGUUCAAACUGCUACUAAAGCUGUUCAAACUACACUACUCCUGCUGGUUCUCAUUUUUCCCUCUGAGUUAUGUAUGGCUCAGGCUACAAGAAAUAAAUGUGUUGUCCUUCAAAGAGCAGCUUUACCCAUAAUGAA